CAAAAGACCAAGGGACUAAGGAUCAGCAGAUUCUUUUCUCUGCCAAAGCCUCAACUUAAGAACCGGGUAAGAUGGUUCUGUCCAGGAUUCUAGUCUUCCAGCUGCUUCUGGUACCAGCUCUGACCUUCCUCUCCUUUACAUCUUCUGCAGUCAGAAAUUUCUAUGCUCUGCACAUUGACUAUCCUAAGGUUACAUUUUCUAAGAGCUUCCAUGGCUACUGCAAUGGCCUGAUGAGCUAUGUUCGAGGAAUGAAAAAGGAUUGGCGAUGCCCUCAGAUCCACCAUGUGCUUCAUGCUCCCUGGACAAAAGUUAGUAGCAACUGCAAGCAUUCUGACACCUUCUGUGAAGAUUUCAAUGAGUACUGCUCUCUCAGCCAGGAUGCCUUUCCUCUUACCACCUGUAAACGCUUAUCCAUGGAGCCACCCAGCACCUGCCAAUACAAUGAAACCACUUCCACUAAACGGGUCUACCUACUUUGCUCCAGAAAAUACAAUGGUGAACCCAUGUAUAUCAUUGGCAUCUUCCAGAGGUAGAACUGGGAGGAACCCAAGUGUAAGGGAAAACCCAGGCUCUAAUCCCUGACAAAACAAGGGUCAGGCUGUUGUUCCCUGCUUGGGGAAUGUAAGUCUUCCCCUGCUCUCUGCACCCUUCCUAUGACAACAAAGCAGGCCAAGCCAGUUUCCAGGAAACCAGAUCAUUCGGCAGAGUCUCCAGGGGCCCCAGACCACUCCCCACUGUCUCUACAGGAAGAAAAGUAGAUAAGUUACCCUAUAGACCAUCAGGAAAUUGUCCAU